AUGACUAUUGACAAAGCUUCUGAACAUGCACCAUUCCCCUCCUCGACUCACCACACAAGAACUGCCACCAUGCCCGACAGCAAAGCUUGGAAUAUGGAUGAAGCCACACGAAAUAGACUCCUCAAGAAGUAUAAAACCCAGGUGGCCUCGGGGGCGUCAACCGUUUGUGCGACGCUGGCGGUGACUCCUUUGGAAAACGUCAAGACUCGGAUGCAGACACACAACUUUAAGAACAUUUGGCAGUGUGUAAGAUACCUAUGGCGCACCGAAGGACCUCGGGGAUAUGUAGCUGGCGCGCUUCCACCGUUGGCUAGUGUCACGGUAGUCCGUGUUGUCAAUUUCACCGUGUACAAUGCAUUCAAAGAUAUGAUUUCCAAGAACGUCGAGCGCGUAACUGGUUUCAAUCCCUUGGCUGAUUAUAAAAAGCCUGGAAGCACCCCUACCGUAUCAGGUGUCCUGACUUUCACUGUUGCGGGACUUGGCGCUGGUUUAAUAGCUUCGCCUAUUGCUUGCCCGUUUGAACUGGCGAAAAAUGUUGUCCAGACCUCUGUUUUGGUGUCGAAUCGUGCAAUGGCUGCUCCGGACGCCGCCCGGGACCCUUCUUUGCGUCACAAACCUCGCCUAGGGACAAUCCAAGCUAUCAAGCAGAUAUACGUGAGGCAUGGAUUUUGGGGUCUUUACACUGGUUUCCGCCUGCAUGCGCUGCGCGAUACUGUGGGCUCGGGGCUCUACUUUAGCGUUUACGAAAUCGUGAAGCAGGUGGCAGCCAAAGAAUUGGGACAGGACAAGAAUCCUUUCGGGGCGCCUAUGAUUGCCGGUGCGAUAUGCAGCACUGUGCCCUGGUUCUGCACUUAUCCUCUUGACACGCGUAAGACUCGUGCACAGAGCGUGCUGCUCGGGAAAACCAGCGAGAUUGGUGAAGCUUCGCAAGCUGUUGCCAAAUCAAGUAUGUACAAGGGCCUGUCCAUCAUCCUCAUCCGGACUGGCGUCAACAACAUGAUCCUGCUCAGCAUUUUUGAAUAUAUCAGGAUGCGCAUUGAUGAAUUGCCGAAAUGA